AUGGAUACAGAUUCAAUUAUUACAAAAGGUGAAUCAGAAUCCGUCAUCGUGGUAAAUGAUGAUGUUAAUGGACCACCUGUUAUUCAAGAAUUUUUUUCAAAAUUGAAUAUUAAUAUUGAAAAGAAUCGAUGGACUUGUUGCUGCAAUAUUUGUUCAUUAUCAGUUACAGAUACAUAUAAAACAACUUCGAAUUUUUUAAAGCACAUAAAAACUAAACAUCGAUUAGCAUUUGAUGAAUGGAAAGAUUCGACCAAUAAUAAACGUCAACAGCUUCUCACCAACAGUCUCAUUCGAAAUCUUAUUAUUAAUAUGAGUCUUCCAUUAUCGAUAGUCGACAAUGAAUCGUUUAUGAAUUUUAUGUUAGAUGUUGAUCCAAAGUACAAAAUGAUUAAUAGACGUGAUAUUACACGUUCGUUUCUUCCUAUUAUGUAUAAAAAAUGUAUAAAAAAGCUACAGGACAUUUGUAAUCGAUCAAAAUAUGUUAGUCUCACUCUUGAUAUAUGGAGUGAUCGUAGAAUGCGUAGUUAUUUUGGCAUUACACUUCACACAAUUAUUGAUGAUCAAUAUAAAACUUAUGUUCUUUCAUUCGAACGUCUAAAAGGUAAACAUUCUGGUGAUAAACUUGCUGCUGAAUUUGAUCGUGUUAUACAAAUGUACAAUUUAAAGGAUAAACUUGUUAGAAUAGUUACUGAUAAUGCAAGUAAUAAUCAAGCUGCAUUUGAUAAUCUUAUAUUACCCGGUUUUGAAGAAUAUUUUAAUGAUAUUGAUGAUGAUCAAUCUGAACGUGAAACAAGUAAUGAAGAUAGUGAUAAUAAUGAAUUGUACGAAAAUAGUCAAUUACAAGCAGAAGAAGUAGAUGAUGACAUAUAUGGAACAAUACUUAAUACACCAGCUGAACAAGAAUUUUUACGAUUACCAUGUUUUAGUCAUUGUCUUCAACUUGUUGUUAAUGAUGGAAUUAAAGCUGCUGGUGGUGCAUUAUCAUCUCUUAAAAAAGUAGCUGAUCUCGCUAAACUUGCACAUACAAGUACAUCAUUUGCCGAACGUUUAGAAGAACAAAAGUACAGUAUUCCUCUUGCUAAUCGAACUCGAUGGAAUUCACAAUUUCAAACUGUGAAGAAAGUUAUUAAUAGAAAAAUUUUAGAAGAUUUUGUUUCUUUAUUUGAACUGUUUAAUGAAGCUACUGUUCUAACACAAGGUGAAUUUUAUGCUACUGUUAGUCUUGUUGCACCUACUAUUCUUGGUAUUCUUUUUGAUCUUGAGCGUGAACAUGCUUCUUCAAAUUUAUCUCUUGUAUCUGUGUGUGAAGCACUUCUUUCAUCUCUGAAAGCUCGAUUUAGUGGACUUCUUCGUCAUUUCGAAAUUGAUGUACCAUUUGCUUUUUAUUCCAUGUCUGAACGUUUUUCUGAUCCUAUCUUUCUAAUUGCGCCACUUCUAGAUGCACGUUUUAAGUUGUUGUGGCUCGAUAAUCUUCAAUUUGCGAUAAAGCUACGUGUUAUCGAAAAAAUUUACAGUACUUUUGUUCGUUUUUUCUCAAAAUUGAAUUUUUCUGUAUCACAACCAGAAGGAGCUGAUGAGUCGAACGUAGCUGAACAAGAUAUUACUGAUAUGAUGACCAAACAUGUUGAUCCAACAACAAAAAGAAAAUGUCUUUUUCCUUACUUAAAUGAUACAAAAAAGAUUUCAUUUGAUGACAAAUCGAAAGUUUUGGUAGAGCUUGAUGCUUUUCUAUCGGAAAGAAGCAAUGAAAAUAAUUUACUUUUUCUCAAGAAAAAUCUUUAUCCUUCUCUAUAUGAACUUAGUCUAAAAUACUUGUCAGUACCGGCUACAUCAGCUCCUAUUGAAAGAAUAUUUUCUAAAAGUGGUUUUAUUAUGCGUCCACAUCGCGCAUCGUUAACCUCAAAAAAUGUAUGCUUGCUUACUUUUCUUAAAUGCAAUAGCGUUUUGUUGUAAUUUGAUUGUUUAAAACUUUAUGAUGAAAAAAAUAAGAAUAAACAUAUUUUGAUUCAUGACUUUAACAAUGUUUCGAUCUCAAAAUGAAUACAUCAUUAUUAAAACUAUCAAUUAAAUUUUUUCUAAUGAGAUCUUAGGAAAUUCGCUCUUAUGUACUCGUACUCGUACUCGUACUCGAGGGUUCGGUACUCGUACUCGUACUCGUACUCGAGGGUUCGGUACUCGUACUCGUACUCGUACUCGAAAAAGUCCGUACUUGCCCAGCUCUGCCCUACACCCAGAUCCGUACCGACACCCACACUCACACCCAUACCCACACCCUCAUUCCGCUCCAGACCGUCUGAUGAACUUUGGCUUCUCUCCAUUGCUAUCCAGACACGUGUCUCAACUUCAUGAGCCAUGUUAGCUAGCGGUACAACUGCUUUCUUCAAUGAUACCAAAGGUUUCUUCGCAUAUCCUUCUAGUGGAAGUGAAAGUAUUAAACGUUCUUUGUCAGCAUCAAGAAAGCGUCCACUAAUGGUGGUCUUAGAGGAAGAACUUGUGGCCACUUGAGUAGAACAAUCUAAAUAAAGCAUUAACUAUUAUUCAGGAAAUAUGGGUUAAAAUAAACAUUAUUGUUAAUUGUAUCAUUUAUCAAGAGAAU